CUGGGAGUGGCGGUAGAAGAAGGAGGAGGAGAAGAAGAAGUUGCCAGCAUGGCGUUUACUCUUUACUCUCUCAUCCAGACCGCUAUUCUGUGUACCAAUGCAAUCGCUGUGUUGCAUGAGGAGAGAUUUCUCAGCAAGAUUGGUUUCGGUGUUGACCAGGGAGUUGGAGGUUUUGGAGAUGAUCCAGGAAUCAAAGCCCAGAUUCUCAAUCUCAUCCGCUCAGUCCGGACUGUCAUGAGAGUGCCUUUGAUAAUAGUGAAUUCUGCCUGCAUCGUCCUGUUGCUGCUGUUUGGUUGAUCUUCGCCUACCAAACUUAGGUGGAGGACCACAAACAUGCCAAUGAAAAGCCACUUGCACAAAAUCCUGAACUCUUUGCCAUUUAGAGACUUCUGCCACUGUCAGUUAUUGGGAGGGCGGAAAUGUUUUUCAACUGACCGGCGCUGAAAUAGAAGAUCAACUGCAGAUUUUUAAAUGCAAAGAGUAGAAGAACCGAAAAUUAGCUGGUGCAGACUUCCUGUUGUGUUUCAUCACCACUAAAAGGACAAAAUUGAUAUAAUUUUGACGAAGUCAUGACCACACAGGAUGAUGGUUUCAUCUUGAUCCCCGAUAUCAUAUCAUUUGCAAAUGUUUUUUUAAAAUCAGUAUUUAAAUAAAUUGUUGGUACAGACA